GAUGGACGCAGUAAUUACACAUUACGGUUAUCCUCACUAUCCGUGCCUCAUCGCCUUACCAUCGGAUGGUUGUUGGUGAUGAUUCCAUAUGAUAGAGAUGACCCUGGCAAUGUGUACACUGUUGAAUACCGAACGCCAGUAGGUAACGAUGCUGGAAUCAAGCAGGGUGCUGUAGUCAUUCAUAGAGUACAACGAAUAGGCAUGUCUUAUUACUCGACGCUCAUGACUCAUGAAAGAGGCGAAUAUAACGAACUGACAUCCGGAACAGAAUGGUUGCAGUUUUUAGAUAUCACUAAAGAUGGGGGAUUUCAGUAUAUUCGGGUCAAAGUAGAGCGUGUUCAUCCGAAGUCGCAUAGUGCUGAUCUCAAAGUUUUGACUACAUUCCGACCGGAAAAAUGUCGAGGUGCUGAUUUUAAAUUACCUGUGAAGCCAUCUCCUUUCCUAAUCACACAUGGAGUCAGAAGCGUUUGUCUUGAACGGAAUCGUACCAUAACCCAACAAGACAUCGAUCAUCAGUUCCUACGUGAUUCUUUUUUCGAAAUGAGGAAAACUUUUGGACAGAAUGAAUGCACAAAUGGACGAAUAUGGAGAGGCAUCGAUGCUUACGAUUACGUUUGUGUGGAACCACAUCGGGCCGAUGAUGUGACGGACACGGUGGUAACCAUGGACGAGGAUAAUAGCGGUUGUGACGUUGACUAUGUUCAUAGAAACGCAUUUCAGAUAAUGCAAAAGGCCACGUUGACUUACUUAGUCUUGUUCAAUGGGUUGAGGAAGGAUAAAUAUUUUAUAGAAAAUUCUAAUGCCGCCAUCCAAGCAUUACCAAAUGUUUUCCCUCAAUAUUAG